AUUUUCUGUUGCUGAAGGUUCGCAGCAGCAGCUGUAGUUGACGGCCUCAUGAGUGUGAUUCAGCCUCUCUCCAGGCUCCUGUAUGUCCUGUCCCUGGUCCUGUCCGGUUCUGGUUCUGGUCUUCAUGGCCGUAAUAACAGCGUGAGCCAUGAGUACUGUGUGCUGGGAGCUGGACCUGCAGGGCUCCAGAUGGGCUACUUUCUGUCCAGGAGCCAGAGAGAUUACAUCAUUCUAGAGCGAAACACAGGACCAGGCAGCUUCUUCCACAUAUAUCCUCGCCACAGAAAGCUCAUCAGCAUUAAUAAAAUAUACACCGGGAGGCGGAACAAAGAAUUCAACUUGCGUCAUGAUUGGAACUCCCUGUUGAGUGACAGGCCCGACCUCCUGUUUCAGAGAAUAAGCCAGGAGCUUUAUCCCAGUGCUGAUGACUUCCCACGUUACCUCUCGAUGUUUGUGAAGGAGCUGGGACUGAAGGUUAAAUAUGGAGCUGAUAUAGGGAGAAUUAAAACAUCAGAUUUGAAUGAAAACCAAGGCUACGUUCUGACUGAUCAGAAUGGUGUCAGUUAUCAGUGCAGUGUUCUGUUGGUGUCCACUGGCCUUUGGGUUCCUCAACAGGUGGGUUUUCUUGGUUCUGACCUAGUGGAGGGUUACGAGUCUAUUCCCACUGAUCCUGAGGAGUUUAAAGACCAGGCUGUGUUAAUCCUUGGCAAAGGAAACUCCGCCUUUGAGACGGCACAGAGCAUCUUGGGUAGAGCGAGCCGGAUUCACUUGUAUAGUCCCAGCCCAGUACGGCUUGCAUGGCAGACACACUAUGUUGGGGACCUCAGGGCAGUAAACAAUGAGCUAUUAGACACGUACCAGCUGAAAUCUUUAGACGGCCUAGUGGAGGGAAGACUGGAGGAUAUUGCCAUUGUUCAUAAAGAAAAAGAUGGAGGGAAGAGAAGAACAGCAAAGAAAAACAGUCAAACACCAACAGAGGGAAAGGAGCAGCUGUAUUUAACUCUUACUGAACUUCUUGAUGACCAGAAUGGCAACAACAUUUCAAAGGUCACUGGGCAAAAUCUGCCUGGUUACCACACUGAUAACUUCUCAUUCAGACAGCCAUAUGACAGAGUGAUCCGAUGCCUGGGCUUUCGUUUUAACUUUUCCAUUUUUGAUGGGUCUUACUGUGAAUAUCUGGAGGAGUUUCCUCUACAGGCCUUGCCCCAGCUGUCUGCUCUAUCUGGACGGCCCCUUUCGGAUCAUGGUCUUCUGGUCUUGGUCAUGCAGUAUGGACUAAACCAGACUGAUACGCUAGGACCAGGUCGAGCUGAGUCAGAAUGGACCAAAGCCUGGAGGUCCAACUUCCUCCAUCCGGUCCUGUACUACUACAACACACUACCUACAGAGAAAGAUAUGAAACAGCGUCCUGUUAGCUGGCCACUACCACGACCUGAGGCCGUUCAUCACAUGGUUGAGGACUUCUUAACUGAAUGGGAUCAGCCCAUAUCACACAGCCAACCUCUCAGACGCUUCCUCGAGCACUGCCUCCAAACUGACCUCAGGGCCUUUUAUGCUGAAUCCUGUUUCCUUCUGUCCCUCACCAGUCGUACCCCACCCCUCUUCUGCCGUCAAGGUUAUUUAAGAAAGCAGGGCAUUGUGGGAAAUAGCCACCUAUGGCAACAUGCCCGUGAGGCAGGACUUAUGGCAGAUCAUCAGGGAGACACUUCAGUAUCUGAAUACCUGAAACAUGCUGGCGCUGCAGUUGUUUCAACUAUGAACUUUGACCUUUGAAGGGCAUUAACGGUACCAAAGACCAAAUCUGUCCUGCUAAAAUCCUGUUAAUCUACCUCCCAUUUCUCAAUUUACUUACAUUUCCAUAGAAAACGUCCCGCAUCCAGCAUCCUGAGACUACGAUCAAACAUACAGUUAAGUUAAAUAAUGAGUAUUGCCUUGCCAUAGUUUUUAUAAACCAAAGUAUAGAUUUAUAUACUGUUUU